UUACAGACCUCAGCUCAGCCGCCUCAUAGUGGUUGAGACAGGUCCUCACAAAUUCGUUUUGGACAGGACAAAGCACAUAGGACCGCAUUUGCGGUUCGGGACGUGUAGCGUGCUUCAGGGUGUUAGGCUGUCCUUCUAUGCGUAGCCCAUGCUUCUGUGGGUUGGGUUUACACAUGGUUCACAUGGGCAUCUCUUCGGAGAGCUGUAAGGACAGUCGUCAACACACCUGCCUGGGAACUCGCAGCCCCAGUCAGUCCCCAGUCUCGCAGAAAUGAGAAAGCCAGAAAGCAGUGUGCAGCCUAUGGGUGAUCAGUAAAUCGAUUACACGAGAUGUCUUUUCAAGAGUCAACUCGACCUUCCGAUGAAGAGGAGGCUUUCUACAUGCAGGGCAGAGCCGCGUACCUUGCUGUGUUCAGAUCUAGUUUGACAAAUAUCGCUUCGAAACAGCAGCUGUGUCGUGUUCUCCAGCAAGCGGGAAGAAAUCCAUCCCAUGCCACUCUCGAUAAAUACUGGACCCCAAGAACAUCUAAACUGAACUUUGAUGACUUCUGUGAGAUUCUCAAGUGCGAGAAGAAAACCGAGGAAACCGAGCUCAUGAGAGCUUUCAAAAAGAUGGAUGUUAAUGGUUAUGGCUUCAUCACACACAAUGAACUGGAGAAGGUCCUUACUACUAGAGGAGAAAAAAUGACCACUGAAGAGGUGAAUACCAUUUUCUCAUUAGCUGACAUCAACAAGGACGGCAAACUGGACUACGCAGAAUUCUGCAGAUUGCUUGUGUCUACAGUAGAACAGUGUCAGAUGGCUGCUUUGGAGAGACUCGAGGCCGAUGCCAAGCUGAAGAGACAGAACUUUGGCAGCCAGUCAUGCAGCCCUCCAAAGAGCUCCGUGUCGUCAGCCUCAUCAGCAGCAACACAAGUGGCAGCAGCUCACCCUCAGCCUCCAGAAACAUCAGACGUGACACCCAGGAAAGACAGCCGAUCGUCCUCUCGCCCUUCCUCCGCUCGCAGCAGACGGUCGUCUCUGUCGAACUCGGUCGCUAUGACAUCGAGCAUCGCUAAGGCCAGCAAAAUAGCAGAGCCUCCAGGCUUACAGGAGUGGCAUCACACUUACAUGAAAGGAUGUCUCUUCUUGGAGGAUGAUGGGAGUAUCAGCUCUCUGCAGUACCAGCUCCAUCUCCCCCAGAAAACCAACGUCUACCUAACCAUCCAACCACUCAGUCUCAGCCACGGACCCGACAAGUGUUCAUCCUGGAUGACAGUGGAUACGGCUCUUUUUGUCAUGUCAGCUGGUGAAACCAAAGAAGACUCAACUUUAGUGCAUUUCACCGAGUCAAAAGACAAAGAGAAGUAUGUGUGGAAAGGAGAACUGAAUGCUGGGACCUACUACUUACUUCCCUUCACCAGUGGCUGCAGACUAAAGAAAAGGAGCAAAAAGAGCCUUUCUAAUAAACCCGUGGAGCUUGUCUACAGGACUGACACUGGAGAACUAGACCUCACCAGGGAGCUCAGGGAGGCGCUGUCUGACAUCUUUGAGAUUAUAGACCUGGAUGGAAAUGGUUUGCUUAGUCUGGAGGAAUACAAUUUCUUUGAGCUGAGGACAAGUGGAGAGAGGUGUGACAAGGAUUCCUGGGCUGUCUGCAAAGAAAACUUUGACAUGAGAAAGAACCAGCUGACACGGCAGGGCUUCAUGGAGCUGAACCUGAUGGAGGCCACAGAGAAAGAUGGAGACCCUGCAGACCUGUGGGUCACCCUGGAAGCCAUGGGCUACAACCGCAUGCUGGAGCUAGUAGAGGCUUGUCCGUUCCAGAUAGAUGUACACUGUGAAGGCUCUCAGCUGUCUAUCCAGCCACUCACGAUGGACUCAGGGCCCAAGCUUCUGAACCAGGCCCUCCAGAAGUCCAUCACAGCCAGGACAGGGGCCAAAGCACUGAGAGGACAAGACAAUGUCUUCAUCUACACCUACCGAGGAGAGCACAGGAUCUCCUCCCUCAUAGCCAACAAGACCAACCAGAAAGUGACUGUGCAUGUCAACAAUGAGCAGAGCAGGAACUGCAGCAACAGCAGAGGCAUGAGUGUGUUUGCUGUAGAGGUGCCAGCCCGGACCAAGAUGGUGUGCCAACAUGUGCUGCCCAUCAAUGACAAACAGGACUGGACCUACAACUGUGUGGAGACCAUACUAACCUGCACGUAAAGGUGUACUCCUAUGAAAGAUUCAAAGAUUGUCUCUGCUACUGCUAGAGAAAAGUGAUGGCCAAAAAAUUAUUCAAAAACCAGUGGCUUCAAAUAGGGCACAUAAUGAAUAGAAAUUAUUCUAUAUCCGCUGGCAACAUGAAAUAGGUUGUUACUGGUUGGAUCAAAUUAUUGUUAUGUGUGAUUUUACUGUAACUAACAAGGUCCAAAAGGAACUCUGCCUAAUUAUUGAAACUUUAAGAAACCCUGUGUUCAAAGUUAGCUAUGCGUUUAGCAACACCAGGAGUGAUAUCAUCAUAAAGUCCAAAACAAAGCUGCUAACUUUUUAUUUACUUGUGCUUUUAUGUAUUUUACUGUAAAAGACAUUUUAUUAUAUUAUCAAUUUCCUCAUUUAGAUGUAAAUAAAAAUU